AUGAAGACGAGUGAUGUGGCUAAAACAGCUUUUAAGACGCAUCAAGGGCACUACGAGUUGCUCGUGAUGCCUUUCGGACUUACGAAUGCACCUUCAACCUUUCAUCCUAGCAUGGAGUCACACUUACAGCAUCUGGAGGCGGUGUUACAGUUGUUGCAGCAGCAUCAGUUCUAUGCUAACCUCAAGAAAUGUUCUUUUGGACAAGCAAAGGUUGCGUAUCUAGGACAUAUAAUCUCGGGGGAAGGAGUGGUUGCAGAUCCUGAUAAAAUAGCUACCAUGAUCGACUGGCCUUACCCUCGAUCAGUUACGGAAUGA